AUGUCCACCAAAUUUUUAGAGAUGGACCACAUCCAAGAAAUCACAGAUGACAGCCUGUGUGGUAAUGACAGCGAAGACAUUGUCAUAUCUGGAAUUUCUGGAAGAUUUCCAGAGUCUGAUUCAGUUCAAGAGUUUAUAGAGAAUCUUCUGGCAGGAAAGGACUUGGUUACCGAUUCAGAACGUCGUUGGAAAACAGGUCUUCAUCCAGAUGAUUUGAAAGGAUCCAAUACUGCAGUAAUAGCUGGUUCGAGUGGCAAUGAUAAUGGAAGUCUCUUGAUAACUUUCCCUGAUAACAUAAAUGGUUAUGAACUGACGGGUAAUGCUAACUCUAUGGCUUCCAACAGAAUAUCUUACUCAUUUGACUUCCAUGGGCCCAGUUAUACAAUUGACACAGCCUGCUCUAGCUCCUUGCUUGCCUUACACCAAGGGGCAGAAGCAAUCCAAGCAGGAAAAUGUGAUGCUGCUAUUGUCUUAGGUACAAAUGUCAUAUUAAAACCAACUACUUCAGUUCAGUUUUUGAAAUUGAACUUGUUGAGUGCUGAUGGCAAAUGCAAAGCUUUUGAUGCUUCAGGGGAUGGCUAUGUUAGGAGUGAAGCAGUUGUUUCUAUUCUUUUGCAAAAAGCUAAAGAUGCAAAACGAAGGUAUGCCACAGUAGUAAAGACAGGAACAAAUUGUGAUGGAAGAAAACCGGAAGGUGUCACAUUUCCUUCAGGAAAAGCUCAGAAAGAACUGAUUCUUAAAGUUUACAAGGAAGCUGGAAUAAACCCAAAUGAUAUUGACUAUAUUGAAGCUCAUGGAACAGGAACCAAGGCUGGUGAUGCACAAGAAUUGAAUUCCAUUGUUGACGUAUUCUGCCAAGGUAGGAAGUCUCCUCUCCUCAUUGGCUCUGUCAAAUCAAACAUGGGUCACGCCGAACUUGCAUCAGGUCUUGCCUCUGUAGCCAAGGUUUUAAUGGCCAUGGAAUCUGGUGUGAUCCCUGCUAAUCUACAUUUCAAAAGUCCACGAACUGAUAUUCCUGGGUUAACUGAUGGGAGCCUUCAAGUUGUUGACAAGAACUGGAUAUGGAAUGGUGGGCUUGUGGGAAUCAAUUCUUUUGGUUUUGGGGGCUGUAAUGUUCAUGCCAUUCUUAAGUCAAAUCCUAAACCUAAACCACCACCCACCAAAAGCAGUAUUCCUAGGAUUGUUGUAGCUUCGGGUAGAACACCAACUGCUCUUACUAACUUCUUAAAAAAAGUUGAAAAGAUGCCAAGAGACGAUGAAAUGAUUGCACUAUUACAUGACAUCCAUAGUAAGAGGAUUGUAGGUCACCCUUUCAGAGGAUUCACUGUGCUUUCUGAAACACCUAUUCGAGAAGUUUCUGAGGAGCCAGUUGAGAAGAGGGAGGUCUGGUACAUACUUUCAGGAAUGGGAACGCAAUGGCCUGGAAUGGGGAAAGCUUUAAUGGGCUUCGAUGUAUUUGCCAGGUCUAUCCACCAGAGUGCAGCUGUUCUCGCUACUGAGGGUGUUGAUCUCCUUAACGUUAUCAUGAAUAGUACUGAUGAAUCAGCAUUCGAUAAUGGCAUACAUACCUUCGUUGCAAUUACUGCUGUUCAAAUUGCUUUGAUUGACUUACUUAACACUCUCGGCCUGUCUCCUGACGGCAUAAUUGGUCACUCUGCCGGUGAAGUGGCUAGUGCAUAUGCUGAUGGCUGUUCCACAGCUGAAGAAACUAUAUUAGCUGCUUACUGGAGAGGCAGGAGUGUUGUUGAUAGUAAUCCACCAAGAGGAGCUAUGGCUGCAAUUUCUCUAACAUGGGAAGAAGCCAAAGCACAAGCACCACCUGGUGUCUACGCAGCUUGCCACAAUGGUGAGGAUUCAGUAACUGUUUCAGGACCUCCUGAUCUCAUUGACAAGUUUGUUGCUGAUGUACAGGCACAAGGAAAAUUUGCUAAGAAGAUCAAUAGUUCUAAUGUUGCUUUCCACUCUAAAUAUAUUGAAGAAGUUGGGAAAAGACUGAGAGUCAACCUAGAAAAGCUCAUUCCAAAUCCAAAACCAAGGACAAAGAGGUGGUGUUCAACUUCUAUUCCAGAAUCUGAUUGGAACUCGCCUCUUGCUGCCACCUGCUCUGCAGCUUACCACGCCAAUAAUGUUCUUUCUCCAGUCUUGUUUUAUGAAGCACUCCAUCAUAUCCCAGAUAAUGCCAUUGUUAUCGAAAUCGCACCUGAUUCUCUCUUUCAAGGCAUCCUCAAGAGAUCAUUACCUAAAUGUCUUAGUCUUGGUUUAGUAAAGAAAAAUAUUGCUGAUGAAUUGGGCUUUUUUUUGGCCAAUAUUGGAAGGCUGUACAAUGCUGGUCUUCAGCUGAAGGUGCAGGCAUUAUAUCCACCCAUUACAUACCCAGUAUCAAGAGGUACACCAAAUAUCUCAUCAUUAGUGGAAUGGGACCAUUCAGUUGAAUGGAAUAAUGCUGACUACAGAAAGAUUACUUUAGCAUGGCAAACAUAUGCUAAACUGCAUGACAAAGAAUUUGAAAAAAUGCCAGUAGUCAUUGAGGACACCCAAUUUCUCCGGGCAACAAUUAUGCCUAAAGAUGGUACUGUUAAGUUCCUUGUCAAUAUAUUUGGUGGGUCUGGCGAAUUUGAGAUUUGUGAAAGUGGAGCUGUUGUGGUCAGAGGAAAAAUAAAGGAGUCCGCCGGAUAUGAGAAAGAAUCCCUCUCUCUUGGAUCUCUUUCAAAAAUAGCCAAAGACAGCUUCGAACUACAGAAGAAAGAUAUUUACAAAGAUCUCCGUCUCAGAGGCUAUGAAUACAAAGAAAUUUUUACAGGAGUAAUCAAAGCGGAUGGCUCAGGAAAUACUGGGAAAUUAGAAUGGAGAAAAAAUUGGAUUGCUUUUAUGGAUACAAUGUUGCAAUUUACACUAAUAAAAAAUAAAAAAUCAAGGGAGCUUUAUAUACCAACUAGAUGCCAGAAAAUCAUCAUUGAUCCUAUUGCUCAUCUAGAAAGUUUACAGGAAGCAGAAUGUGUUUCAGUUAUUUACGACUCGUAUCUUGGAGUAGUCCAGUCAGGUGGGGUUGAGAUUCGAGGAGUUAAAACAAGUCUUGCUCCUAGAAGACAACAGAUGCAGGCAACUCCAUUAACUGAAAAAUAUAUUUUUAUUCCGUUGAAUAACAAUAAAGUAAUGCUGCAAAUAGAAGUAAUCAGUUCUCAAAUCCAAUUAGCUGUUGAAAAUUUCUCAUUAAGUGAGAAAAUAAAGAUUGUGGAAUAUGUUGGAAAGCAAACUGUACCCAUUAUGCCAUAUGUUCAAUCAGUGUUAGCAGCUUAUCCAACAUUACAGGUUGACUUUUCUAUUGCGACUACUGAAAAUAUAGACAAAAGUGCUCUUAGUGACAUCAAUAUUAUUAAAAAGGAUUUGACGGAAGAUCUUUUAGAUGAUAGUUACAAUAUUCUGAUUGGUCAUGAGCUCCUUUCCAAUGGACAACUUCUCAACAAUGCCUCUGAAAGUGUUGUUGAAUCUGGAUUUAUUUUAUCAGUUGAAGCUCACAAGUAUAGUACAGCCGAGUUGCAAAAACUUGACGAAUUUGUUUUGGUUUCUGAAUCUAAAACUGAAGAACGCACUUAUGUUUUGCUGAGAAGGGAGAAGGCCUCUUUACCAAGCCAAAUAAUUCCAAUUCAGCAGACAAAUUUUAAAUGGAUUGACCAACUUAAAAAAAUCAUGAAAGAAUCGAAAGAUCCCGAAGAAAGGAUCCUUCUGGUGUCAGAUGAUGAUCCUUUCUGUGGCCUCAUUGGUUUUUUUAAUUGCUUAAAAAGGGAAAAAGGAGGAGCUAAACUUAGAUGUGUCUUCACUUUUGGCAAAAAAUUCUCAAUGGCUCAGCACAAAGAUCAAAUUAAGAAAGAUCUGUUUGUCAACGUCUUGAAAGAUGGAGAAUGGGGUUCAUUCAGACACUUACCAGUUUACUCUGAUGAUCGCUCACUGGAUGUUGAACAUGCUUAUGUCAAUACACUCGUGCGUGGGGAUUUGUCCAGUCUUCGGUGGAUCGAAGGACCUCUAUCAUUCUACAAACCUGAAAAUUAUCCUGGAAAGGAACUUUGUACAGUUUAUUAUGCACCUUUGAACUUCCGAGAUAUUAUGUUGGCCACUGGAAAACUUCCUCCUGAUGCUCUUCCAGGAGAUAUGGCAAACCAGGAAUGUAUCCUUGGGCUCGAAUUUUCGGGAAGAGAUUCAAAAGGAAAUCGUGUGAUGGGAUGUAUUGCAGCUUGCGGCUUAGCUACUUCUGUUGUGGCUGAUCCAGAUUUUAUGUGGACUGUCCCUGAAAAAUGGUCUUUAGAAGAGGCCUCUACAAUCCCUGCUGUCUACGCUACUAGCUACUACGCCCUUGUUGUCCGUGGUCGCAUGAAGAAAGGAGAAAGUGUCCUCAUCCACGCUGGAACAGGUGGUGUAGGCCAAGCCGCCAUCUCGAUCGCUCUUCACAUGGGCUGCACUGUAUUUACAACUGUUGGUACACCUGAAAAACGAGAAUUCAUUCUCAAAAAUUUUCCAAAAGUGAAGCCAUCUCAUAUUGGUAAUUCGAGAGACACAAGUUUUGAACAGAUGAUAAUGAGAGAAACAGAAUGUCGUGGUGUUGACUUGGUUUUGAACUCAUUAUCUGAAGAAAAGCUACAAGCAUCAGUGAGGUGCCUCGCAAGGCACGGUCGAUUCCUUGAAAUCGGAAAACUUGACCUUUCAAAUAACUCUCCACUAGGUAUGUCUCUGUUCUUGAAAAACACAUCAUUCCAUGGAAUCCUUCUAGAUGCUUUAUUUGAUGCCUCUUCUGACAAUCCCGAGAAGAUGGAAGUAGCACGAUUAGUCCGUGAUGGAAUUCAGACGGGUGCUGUCAGACCACUUCCAACCACAACCUUCAAUCAUACGCAGUUAGAACAGUCUUUCAGAUACAUGGCAACAGGCAAACACAUUGGUAAAGUUGUCCUGAAAAUAAGAGAUGAAGAACCUGAGAAAAUAAUAAAGCAUCCAAAACAAUUAUUGAUCAGAUCAUUACCAAAACUCUACAUGAACCCAGACAAAUCUUACAUACUUGUUGGUGGUCUUGGAGGUUUGGGAUUAGAACUGACACAUUGGAUGAUUUCAAGAGGAGCUAAGAAAAUUAUUCUAGUUUCUAGAUCAGGAGUAACCAAUGGCUACCAGAACACAUGCAUAUGUCGCUGGAAGCUUUUAGGUGCAACUAUUGUAAUAUCUACAACUAACAUCACUGACAUGAAGGGAGCUAAAAGUUUGAUAGAAGAGGCGAACAAACUUGGCCCUGUUGGGGGAAUAUUCAAUCUCGCAGCUGUAUUACGUGAUGCCCUGUUCAAAAAUCAGACAGAAGCAGAUUUCGCUGCAGUUUGUAGGCCAAAGAUCGAUGCAACAAUAAACCUUGAUAUUGCCAGUAGGUCAUGCAAUCAGCUUGACUACUUUGUCACAUUUUCAUCUGUUGCUUGUGGAAAGGGAAAUCUUGGACAAACUAAUUAUGGUCUAGCAAACUCUGCAAUGGAAAGGAUUUGUGAAGAGAGGCAAAGAAACGGUCUUCCAGGGCUGGCUAUUCAGUGGGGGGCAAUCGGUGAUGUUGGUUUGAUUAUUGAAGCUCUUGGAGGUGAUAAUGAAACAGUUUUUGGAGGAACCUUACCACAAAGAAUAAAUUCUGUCCUGUCCACUUUUGAAUUUUUCCUUCAACAACCAUAUCCUGUUCUGUCUUCAAUGGUCAUUGCUGAAAAGAAAGUGGCAAUAGAAACAGGUUCUGUCAGUCUUGUUGACGCAGUUGCCAACAUUCUUGGGAUCAAAGAUUCACAUAAUAUUGUGUCUACUUCAACCAAUUUGGGAGAACUGGGUAUGGAUUCUUUAAUGGGUUCAGAAAUUAAGCAAAUACUUGAAAGGAACUAUGAUGUUGUUCUUAGUACUGGUGAAAUUAGAUUACUCACUUUUGGAAAACUUCAAGAACUUUCUGGUAUCCAAACAACUACUGACAAAUCAAAUGAAAAAAACGUAAAAACAAAGCUGAUGCCUACACAAACAUUGGUUUCAAUGCCGUCUGCAACUCUUCCCAAGAGGCCGAAGCCUUUCUUUAUUGUCCAUCCGAUUGAAGGAGUUGUUAGCCUCCUUGAAGAGUUUACUUCCAACUUACCAUUCAAUGUUUAUGGUUUCCAAUACACAAAAGAUGUCCCUGAUGAUAGUAUUCGGUCUCUCGCAGCAUUCUAUUUAGAGACUGUAAAGAAUAUUGAGAUUCAAGAUCCAGUUUUACUUAGUGGGUAUUCUUUUGGAGCAUUAAUUGCUUUUGAAAUGGCCUUGCUACUCGAAUCUCAAGGCAAAACUGUGUAUCUCUUUUUGAUUGAUGGUGCCCCUGAUUUCUUAAAGCUAUUUACUACAAUGUACAGGUCUAAGAAGGGUGAUGCUGAUGAGUGUGAUGCCUUCGCUUACUACAUUACUCUAAUUAAGAAUGUUGAUUACCUGGAAUAUAGUAAGCUCCAAGAAGAGUUCAAAGCCUUGCCUGACUUCAAUUCUAGAUUGGAACUGUGUGCUCAAAAACUGAAAGAUUACAGUGAAUCAGAAGAAGAUUUGAAGGCUGCUAUUGUAGCAUUCUAUAAAAAAUUAAUUGCCAUUGAUAGAUAUAAAGCAUCUGCUAUUUUUGAAGGAAAGGUUGUUCUCUUUAAGACUGAAGAAAGUUCUCUUGUUAUUGAAAGUGAUUAUGGACUCAAAAAGAUCUGCAAACACAGCCCUGAGAUUCAUUCCUUUUCAACCACUCACCAGGACAUCAUCAAAGGCCAAGUCGCUAAGGAAAUAGCUGACAAGAUCAUCAAAGCUGUGAAAUCAUGAUAUACUACUUUCAAGUGUAAAAGAAAAGAUCAUUGAAAUAUUUGAAGAAAGAAAAUUAAUUGAACUAAUUAUGCUUACAAAGAUCAGGCAUAGAUGCACAAGUUACAAAAUUAAUAUGCUUAAUGUCUGCUAUUCUAUUGUAUAGGUAGUAUAUAUCUAGAUUAAGAAACUCCCAGUGUAUUGUAGACAUGAUAGAACUCUUAUUAUUAUUAAGUGAAAAAUCAUAGAAACUUUUUUUUUUUUUUCAUCAUGUAAAUACUAUUAGAUUGUAUAGUUAUGACAUUAACAUAUUUUACAACAUUAUAAUAUAUUUUUUGAAGUAUGUCUGUUUUACUAAAAUCUACUUUGUUGUGAUUUAAUAAAAUGUAAUCAAUACUUUCAACAUUC